CAGCCCCUAACUAACAACCUCCGCAGAAUCGCGAGGCGGCCGCAGGGUGACUCUUCCCGGGCCUCCGUUCGCACCCAGCCGACUUCUGCCGUCCCCGGUGUGACCGAUGACUAAGAGCAACGCACUGCGCGGAGAUGAUCAUGGGCGGAGAAGGGACAGGUCUGAGCAGAGUCCGACGGUGCUGCUGGGCGGGAGAGGAAGGAGGCGCCCCCCGGGGGUAGGAGGGGAGCGGGGAACCGCCAGAGAACCCGAGCGGGGAACGGCGCAGCUCAGCCUCCCCGCCCAGGCACCGGGCCGGGAGCCGCACUAGCUCGAAGGCUCGGCCGCGCCGCCUUCCGUUGGCUCGCCCGGGAGGCGCGCCCAGUCCGGGCUGCUCUCUCCUCUGCAUCCAUGCCGCUUUCCCAGGCAGAGGCUCCCUGAGCCGGGCUCCCUCUUUUCUUCCUUUCCGAUGUCGGGCCCCCGCAGCGCCUUGCAGGCCUGGUGCCGCCGCCAAUGCGAGGGUUACCCGGGUGUGGAGAUCCGAGACCUCAGCAGCUCCUUCCGGGAUGGCCUGGCCUUUUGCGCCAUCCUCCAUAGGAACCGGCCUGAUUUGCUGGACUUUACUUCCCUGUCCAAAGAAAAUGUAUAUGAGAACAAUCAUUUGGCAUUUGAAGUGGCUGAACAAGAACUGGGGAUCCCUGCCUUGUUGGAUCCCAGUGAUAUGGUCUCCAUGAGAGUUCCUGACUGCCUCAGCAUCAUGACAUACGUGUCCCAGUAUUACAACCAUUUUAACAACCCUACUCAAGCCAGAGUCGGCAUGCCUAUGAAACACCCAGCUGUUGCCUCCUCACCGACUCUGCCAACUCAUAAACCUUUGCCUGUACUUGAAACUAAAUCUACAUCCCAGGACAGUGUUACUGAAAGCCUGGGAGAGGAUUCCUCGCAUACUUCCCUUAGCAGCCCUUGUGCAGCUUGCCAGCAACACGUUCACCUGGUUCAGCGCUAUUUGGCUGAGGGCAAACUUUACCACCGUCAGUGUUUCAGAUGCAAGGAGUGCUCCAGCACGCUCAUUCCUGGAUCUUACAAAGCUGGGCCUGAAUUGGGCACAUUUGUAUGUACCCAGCAUCGUGGUAAGCUGAGCAAACUGAGUGGGAGGACUGAGAACCAGCUAACUCCAGAACCUCUACUUGGAAAGGAAAGUACAGAAGCUGGGACAGUGAGUAAUGAGAUGGAAGAAAAGAAUGGCAUAUCAGAAAGUCACUCAUCAGCUGUGGAAGAGAUGGGCAAAAUGGGGGAAAGAACUGUUGGUGAAGUAAGCACAGAGCUUGAGACACCUUGUACCCAGCCAAAGAAUGAAGUGCCCACUUCUACUUCCAAUUCUGGCUCUUGCUUACAGAUGCCUCCCAAGCCACCUAUACCAACCAAGCCACCAACACUUAUCCAAGAAAAAGUUAGCCUGCAACAUGGGCAUCUCAAAGAGCCUCGACCUACCCCUGCCCCUCGGAGGAGCACAGACCCAGCCAGCCUGUCGCCACUGAGCUUAUAUCCUGUCCCAAGACCCAGAGCCAAUAUGCAAAAUGAGAGUUCCAGUGAGCUACCAUCUGAUUUGGUCAAUGGUAAACUUCCUGAGCUCAGCCCUCCAGUUCCAAAGCCCAGGAGCAGACCUACUUCCUCAGACCGCUCUGGUGAAUUGCUAAGGCCCAGAGACCCUCCAUGGAUUGCACUGGUUCAGACAGAACCCAGGAAGAAGCCGGCUCCUCUGCCACCAGGCAAUAGCAAGGAAAGCUCACCAGUGGCCUUCGAAGAGAAUGAAGGUAGAGUAGAAGGAGGAAAGGCACAAAUCAGGGAAGACAGACCUGUCCUGGAAGAGCCAAAGCCUUAUAACCCCUUUGAAGAUGAAGAAGAGGAAGAGGAUGAGAAGGAAGUUGUCAUAUCACAGAGCAAACAAAAGCAAGAACAAAGGGAGGGGGAGAGUGGUCUCAAGCCUGCUCAUCCCUGGUACGGCAUUACUCCCACAAGCAGCCCCAAGACAAAGAAACGGCCAGCUCCAAGAGCACCCAGUGCCUCCCCACUUGUUCACCAUCCCAUCUCCAGGUUUUCCCACUCAGAACCAUCUUCUUCCACGCCGUCCCCAGCCCUCAGCUUGGAGAGUAUCACAUCUGAGUGUUUGGCCAAGGCUGCUGACAACCUGAAUGAUGCCUCUGUGCCGAAGAGUUCCUCUGAGCCUACAGUCCAUGCUCCUGCUGCUUCCAUCCUUUCCCACUCGGACACCCCACUGAUCAGUGUCCCUUCUGGUGAGGGACCUACAGUUCUGCCCGCCUGUUCUACUGAUUCCUCCUUAUCAUCAUCCAGUGAUUUGACGGGCUAUGGUGAUGAGGCACAAGGUGGACAUUUACAGACUGCCAGAAUUUGUCCGUCUGGGAACUUGAAAACCAGCCCUGGGAAUAUCUUUCCUAAGCCUCCUGCUGGAGCAUCUCCCACACCCAUUCUCUUGGCAUCAGAGUUGAACAGUGGAUCUGCAAGUAACUCUCCUUCACCCAAAGCGCAGCCAAAGUCAUCCUGUAAGGAGAAUCCCUUCAACCGGAAGCCAUCACCUGCUGCCUCCCCCUCUAUUAAGAAAGCUUCAAAGGGACCCAAACCAGCAAGGCCUCCUGCUCCUGGACAUGGUUUCCCACUAAUAAAACGGAAGGUUCAGUCAGAUCAGUAUGUCCCAGUGGAGAAUAUAUAUGGUGAGAUGGACAGCAUUGAGCAGCAGCUGGAUGAGUUAGAACACCGAGGAGUUGAACUGGAAAGGAAACUCCGGACAAUAGAGAAUGAUGUCCCUGAAGAUGGUUUGCUGGUGGAUUGGUUUAAGCUGAUUCAUGAGAAACAUAUGCUAGUGCGUCGAGAGUCUGAACUUAUCUAUAUUUUUAAGCAGCAGAACUUGGAGCAGCGUCAAGCUGAUGUGGAAUAUGAACUGCGAUGUCUUCUUAAUAAACCUGAUAAAGACUGGACAGAUGACGACAGAAUCAGAGACAAGGUAUUGAUGGAAGAGCUUGUAACCAUUAUUGAACAACGGAAUGCCAUUGUCAACAGUCUGGAUGAGGAUCGGCAAAGGGAGGAAGAGGAGGAUAAAAUGUUGGAAGCCAUGAUUAAAACAAAAGAAUUUCGCAAGGACUCUGAGGCUGAAAGCAAGAAGAAAGGAAAAUUCAAACCAAUGAAAGUGCUGAAGUUACUUGGAAAUAAACCUGACUCAAAAAACAGAUCCCCCAAGGAAAAAAGCUAAAGCAGCUGGCAACUAGAAGAGUAAGGAGGGCUGCUGGUCUCUUUGACUGCUCAGCCCCAUUUAGCUGGGCGUGCCUGGCAAGUAGGAUGGCUUCCUGCUUUUGCCCAUUUUUUU